AUGAAAUCCACUACAGUUGCUAGCCUUCUUGCAUUAUCGCUCCCUGCCGUAUUGGCCACAAACCAUACAUUAUGUUAUAACUACUUUAUGAAAAAGGAUGGGUGUGUUUUCUCUGCUGCAGCGCCUGAUCAAAGAUGCCCAGCUCCCCCUAAAGAGCACACCACUCCAGUCUCAGCAUUUGAGCUUCAAUCUGGUCCCAACUUGGUCAAGCGUAGUGAACCUCGCCGCUUAGAGCGCCGAUAUGACACCACCAGACCGAGCUUUGCGGUCGCCGGUGGCGAAGGUAUAUGUGGCUUUUACAAUUCUACCAGCGAGCCCGGUGUCUGUCUCUGGAGUGGCCCAGAGCAAAUUUCCCCAACUGUAGAAACAGCUGGAUGGCUUAAUGGUGCUAAGACCUCUAACUGCGGCAAACGAGUGUAUAUCCAAAGAAAAGGGCAGCCCAACACAGUUCAGUUUGUGAAGGUUCUUGAUGGAUGCAGCUUUGGGACCACACAGCCUGAUCCAGGAUGCUUUGACAUUGCCCUCACUAUUGCGCUCUUCAACAAAUUUAAACCCACUCCUCAAGAAGAGAAAGAUGGACUCUUGUAUGGGGGAAUCACCUGGGAUUUCGAUAACCUUGAAGGUACCCACACCCAACAGGCCCCUGUCUGA